CCGCUGCUCGGGAUCGCGUCGGCCGCGGGCGUCGACGCGUCGCGCCUCCGCGUGGCCAAGCUCGAGACGGCGCCGAGCGCCGCGCUGCACGGCUUGCUCAGCGUGAUCCGCGCCCAGCGGCCGCACUUGGCAUCCAUGACUUACGUCGAGUUCCUCUGCCACGUCCACCGCCAGAUCCAGAACAAGCUCGCCUAA